GGUUUAUACAACUUUGAGUCUUUGACUCAUCCUACUAUUUUUGUUAAGUUUUUCAGUACUCACUACUCAUCACUGUCCAACACUUCCACAGUCUCCUAUCACUCAUCACUCUCAAAAUGCCAAGUAUCUUUCUCCUUCUCCUCAUUUCAGGCGUGUUCAGCUAUUCAUCAGCCGAACAAGGGUUUUGCUCUGCACCUCCCGCGCUUAACACCGAAUCCAAAUCCAAACCUCUUUAUUCCAAAAUUUACGACUCCACUCUUUCUCCUCUCGACCUUCAAAAUUUGCCGGGAUUCACACGCAGCGUUUAUAAGAGAGAUCAUGCUUUGAUAUCACCAGAAAGUCAUGUUUAUGGCCCAUUGCCUCACUGGGUCAAUACAUUGGGGGCAUAUGUAAUUUCACCUGAAAUGGGCUCACACUUUGUAAUGUACCUAGCAAAGUUGAAAGAAAAUUCAAAAUCAGGACUACCUUUGCGUGAUGUAGAGAGAUUCAUCUUUGUGCUCCAUGGUGCUGUCACAGUCACCAGUGCUCAUGGUGUGAGUGAUGUACUAAAGGUGGAUUCAUAUGCUUAUUUUCCUCCUAAUUUUGAACAUUCAAUUGAAUCCGAUGCUCCUGCUAUUAUUGUGGUAUUUGAACGAAGGUAUGCUCAGCUGGCAAAUCAUGUCCCCGAGCCACUAUUUAAUUCAACAGAUAAGCAGCCACUCCUUGAAACUCCUGGGGAGGUUUUUGAACUGCGAAAGCUACUUCCAUCAUCUUUGGCAUAUGAUUUCAAUAUACAUAUAAUGGAUUUUCAGCCUGGAGAAUUUCUUAAUGUUAAGGAGGUCCAUUACAACCAGCACGGAUUGCUGCUAUUGGAAGGCGAAGGCAUUUAUCGUUUGGGUGAUAGUUGGUACCCAGUUCAGGCGGGUGAUGUUAUUUGGAUGGCACCAUUCGUCCCACAAUGGUAUGCUGCACUGGGGAAAACUCCAACACGAUAUCUUCUGUACAAAGACGUAAACAGAAGCCCGCUAUAAUUGUGAUUUUGAUUGACAUUAGAUAAAUGACACGGAUAAUAUUAGCCACCACCUUAUUUAGAACUUAAAUAAAAGAAGGCUUGUUGCUGUAUAUAUUUAUUAGCUCUCAUAUCAUUAGGUCGUAAUAUGUUAACUCUAAUGCACUGGAUGUGAUUCUAUGCUUAAUGUCUCAGUAUUUGUAACUUCAAUUUCA